CACUGACACCAGGCAUUAUUUUUGCACUGGACCCUUAUGUCCAGUCUAUACUACUGGUGUCCACAAACUCUUUUGCUGGAUUCAACUUUGUUGGAUAUUUUUUAUUAUUCCUUACUCAUUUUUAGAUCUUUCUGAGAGCAUUCUCCUCUGCCAAGGUAAGCAGAGAACAGAGGAGGCAGGAUGUCAUUGCCCUUCUACCAGAAACGCCACCAACAUUAUGACCGUGGUUACCGGAGCACAGAACUACAGUCGGUAAUGAGCCAGUAUCAGCAUGAAGAGAAGUGCCAUGCAAGUUCCCACUGCAGCCAUGUUGGACUGAAAGCAUCGCAUAAAUCAAUUGAAGAACAAUCAUAUAGGAUGAGUCCAAGAGCAAAGAGGUCAAAACAGAUAGCCGCAGUAGCAGACAAAGAAAAUGAAGAGCUUAACUAUGUGGUUCCACUGUUUAGAGGACGCAAACAAUAUGUCAGCGGAAUUACUGAUACUGAAGAAGAGAGAAUUAAGGAAUCAGCAGGUUAUAUUGCUCGACGUAACCUCUUUGCUACAGGAGAAGGCAUCAGUGUAUCAAGAGCAUCUUCUUCAUCCUCAGUACAUUCAGAAGACUAUCAGAAGAAGUCAAGAAGUGUUUCUAUAAGAGAGAGAGCAGAGCGGCUGGCACUCAAUAAGACGAUAGAGGACAAGGAAGAAUUUCACAGAAAGAUAAAUGUGGACACACUUUUACACGCGCCUACCUUUAUCAUCAAGCCUCGUUCUCAUACAAUCUGGGAAACGCAAAACAUCAAGUUUCACUGCACAGUGAGUGGAUGGCCAGAGCCCCGUGUGACCUGGUACAAAAAUAACGUGCCUAUCGACGAUCAACUCCAUCCUGGGAAGUACAAUAUUGAAAGCGGAUAUGGCAUUCACACAAUGGAGAUUACCAAAUGUGAUUUUGAAGACACAGCUCAAUACCAUGCCUCAGCGAUGAAUGUAAAAGGAGAAAACUCUGCAUACGCGUCUCUCGUGGUAAAGAGGUACAAAGGAGAGUUGGAUGAUACCCCGUUUCCUCCCUUAAAGAGGGCACCAUUCAGCUUUACUGUCACUCCUCAUGGCUUUGCUUCAAGAUUUGAUAUUUAUUUUGUGGAGACGUUUGGAGUAUCUUUUGGUAAAGAAGGUGACACACUGAGCUUGGGUGCGACGGUCAUUGUUCACCCAACCAUCAAACGCUUCCAACCAGAGAUCCAGUGGUAUAGAAAUGGAGUUCUGGUCACCCCUUCCAAAUGGACAAGGAUGAACUGGAGCGGAGAGCGUGCCACAUUGACUCUGACUCAUCUUAAUAAAGAGGAUGAAGGCCUUUAUACGUUGCGAGCCGUCAUGGGCGAAUAUUAUGACCAGUACAGUGCUUAUGUCUUUGUCAGAGAUGCUGAAUCAGAGGUAGCGGGAGCCCCCGCUGCACCAUUGGAUGUGGAGUGUCUUGACGCUAACAAGGACUAUGUGAUUAUCUCGUGGAAACAGCCAGCGGUAGAUGGUGGGAGCCCAAUCCUAGGCUAUUUUAUUGACAGAUGUGAAGUUGGUACCAAUCACUGGACCCAGUGCAAUGACACACCUGUGAAAUUUGCACGCUUCCCGGUAACUGGAUUAAUUGAAGGACGUUCUUACAUUUAUCGUGUGAGAGCUGUAAAUAAAACUGGAAUAAGCAGACCGUCCAGAGUGUCAGAACCAGUUGCUGCACUUGACCCAUCUGACAGAGCUAGAAUUAAAACGCGUCCCUCUGCUCCAUGGACUGGUCAAAUCAUUGUUACUGAAGAAGAACCUUCUGAGGGAGUGAUUCCUGGGCCCCCAUCUGAUCUUACUGUAACAGAAGCCACCAAAAACUAUGUUGUGCUUAGCUGGAAACCCCCUGGUGAACGUGGUCACGAAGGUGUCAUGUACUAUGUGGAAAAGAGUGUUGCUAACACAGAUAACUGGCAGAGAGUUAACACAGAGAUCCCAGUCAAGUCUCCACGGUUUGCACUUUUUGAUCUGGCGGAAGGAAAAUCAUAUAGUUUUCGUGUGCGAUCCUGUAAUUCUGCUGGUGUUGGUGAACCUUCUGAGGCAACUGAGUCUACUGUUGUGGGUGACAAGCUUGAUAUCCCUAAGGCACCAAGUAAUAUUGUGCCCACAAGAAAUACAGACACGUCUGUGGUUGUUACCUGGACAGAAUCCAAAGAUGCCAGGGAGCUGGUCGGGUAUUACGUUGAAGCCAGCAUUGCUGGGUCUGGACAGUGGGAACCAUGUAACAAUAACCCUGUGAAAGGCAAGAGGUUUAUAUGCCAUGGUCUUAUUACUGGUGAGAAAUACGUCUUCCGGGUCAGAGCUGUAAAUGCAGCUGGGCUCAGUGAUUACUCAUCAGACUCUGAAGCUAUUGAGGUGCAAGCUGCCAUUGCUACUCCUUCACCACCCUACGAUAUUACUGUUCUCGAAAGUGUCCGUGACUCUAUGGUGAUAGGAUGGAAGCCGCCCAAGGUCACAGGAGGGGUAAACAUUCAAGGUUACUAUGUGAACUACCGUGAGGUCAUUGAUGGUGUCCCUGGGAAAUGGCAUGAAGGAAACGUAAAAGCUAUUAGUGACUGUGCAUACAGGGUAUUAAAUCUGAAAGAAAACAUGCUGUACCAAUACCAGGUGGCAGCUUGCAACCUAGCAGGAGUUGGUACCCCAUCCCAGGCAAGCAAAUCAUUCAAAUGUGAAGAAUGGACCAUUGCAGUACCAGGACCUCCACAUGAGCUGACAUUGACUGAGGUCAGGAGUGAAUCCUUGGUCCUUCAGUGGAAGUCCCCAGUUUACACUGGGCGCAGUCCUGUUACAGGCUUUUUUGUUGAUCUUAAAGAAGCUGAUGCACCCGAAGAAAAUUGGAGAGGUGUGAAUCUAAAGCCAACCGCAAACAAAUACAUAAAGGUCCCAAACUUGAAGGAUGGUACUCGUUAUGUACUGAGAGUAAGAGCUGUCAACCAAGCUGGGGUUGGCAAGUCGUCCGAUGUUACAGAUUCAGUGCUGGCACAAACAAAACCAGGCACCAAAGAGGUAGUGGUGGAAGUGGAUGACAAUGGAGUAAUUUCUUUGAACUUUGAAUGUGAUCAGUUGACUCCAGACUCCAAGUUCAUAUGGUCCAAGAAUUAUGAGGGAGUGGAUGAUUCAGACAGAGUAACCGUUGACACCAAGGGUGGCAGGACAAAGCUUACAUUCAAGGAACCUUCAGAAGAAGACUUGGGUAUUUACUCAUGUGCUGUUACUGAGACAGAUGGGGUCUCAUCCAGUUACACAAUUGAUGAAGAAGAACUGAAACGUUUACUGCAACUCAGCCAUGACAACAAAUUCCCAGUUAUUCCUCUUAAGUCUGGUCUAGCAGUUGAAAUUCUGGAGAAAGGACAAGUUCGCUUUUGGCUUCAGGCUGAGAAACUAUCUCCUAAUGCUAAAGCCAACUAUGUAUUUAAUGAUAAGGAGAUUGAAAAUGGUGAGAAAUACAAGAUGAGUGUGGACCGCAACACUGGCAUUGUGCAGAUGGUUAUGGAUAAAUUGGAGGAUGAGGAUGAAGGUACCUUUACUUUCCAGCUGCAAGAUGGAAAAGCAACAAACCAAUCCAGCCUGGUUCUUAUUGGUGAUGUGUUCGCCAAAUUGCAGAAAGAAGCUGGAUUUCAGAGACAAGAAUGGUUCAGAAAACAAGGGCCGCAUUUUGUGGAGUAUCUCGGCUGGGAAGUUACCCCUGAGUGCAAUGUGUUGUUGAAAUGUAAGGUUGCUAAUAUUAAGAAAGAAACGAAUAUUGUUUGGUACAAAGAUGAAAGAGAAAUAAUGGUGGAUGAAAAACAUGAAUUUCAGGAUGGUGUAUGUACUUUACUCAUUACUGAGAUUACAAAGAAAGAUGCUGGUAUUUAUGAACUGAUUCUGAAAGAUGACAGAGGAAAGGACAAGAGUAUGCUGAAGCUUGUAGAUGCAGGAUUUGAUGAUCUUAUGAAUGCAGUGUGCAAGAUGAUUGCGGAGUCGGCCACCCCAGUGAAAAUUGUCAGCAAUGAAGAAGGAAUUAGAUUGUAUUCUUUUGUAAAUUACUAUGUAGAUGAUCUAAAAGUCAGCUGGUGUCACAAUGAUUCAAAGAUUAAGUACACAGACAGAGUAAAGACUGGAGUCACCGGAGAGAUGAUUUGGCUGCAGAUAAAUGAGCCAACACCAAAUGACAAAGGAAAAUAUGUUAUGGAGCUCUUUGAUGGAAAAACUACACAUACUAGAGAUGUUGAUCUUUCUGGACAAGCUUUUGAUGAGGCUUUUGCUGAAUUCCAGAGGCUCAAGCAAGCCGCCAUAGCAGAAAAGAAUCGUGCCAGAGUAAUAGGAGGUUUACCUGACGUUGUCACAAUUCAGGAAGGAAAGGCCCUUAAUCUCACCUGUAAUAUUUGGGGUGACCCAGUCCCAGAGGUCACCUGGCUGAAGAAUGAGAGAGAGCUGACCGGGGAUGACCACUGUAUCUUGAAGUUUGAGUCUGGGAAGUUCGCCAGCUUUAGCAUUACCGCUGUCAGCACUGCUGACUCUGGAAAAUACUGCAUUCGGGCAAAGAACAAAUACGGCACUGAGACUAAUGAUUUCACUGUAAGUGUGUUUAUGCCAGAGGGUGUAGAGGCAGAAGAGGAGGCUCCCCCUGAGCCAAAGAAAAAAUGAUUGUAAAAAGGCAAAGGAAUUAGGGAGGUUAGAAUGAUGAUGACGUGCUAUACAUGUGCGCAUAAGGUUGACUUCACUCCUUUAACCUACCUCACUGCUAGGCUGCAUUCAGAAUUCUACUGGGGCAACCGAGCAGGUGAAACUCCUUCAACCAAAGAUAGUAUAAUACUAGUUUGUGAUAAAAUAGUAUAUAAAUGUAACAUAUCCCUUAUAUUGAGUUAUUGUUGCUUCUAGAAAAUUUUAGUUAGUUGUUUUAGGUCACCAAUAGACUAAGAUAUCAUUUUAGCUUUACAUCUAAUUAGAUUUAUAUAUUUCACACAUCAGAUAAGAAAGUAACAUAAGAUGCAUUAACAGAUUAUUUUAACUCGUUUUAAAGAGUUUUUGUAAAUUAAUUAAGCCUUUUAUAGAUAAUGAGAAGGCACUGAAUAUUUAUUUAUGUAUUGUUUCACAAAAGUAACAGGGAUAAAACGUGUAAUAUUUGCUUACUAGUUAAGUAUAUUAUACUUAGUGUAAAAUGUAGCCAACCCCCUUCUGUUAGAUGUUAUAAUAUGACAGGUUUAGCUAUCAAUAGCAAUGUGCGUAAUUAUAAAAAAAUGUUAGUAAUGCUACAAAUAUCACUUCUCCUUUGUCAUCGAGCAAAAAGCAAACCAAUAAACCUUUCCUUGCAAUGACCUUUUACUAAAAAAGGAAACACAGUUCUGUACUGUGUAAUAACUUUGGAAUCAGCAAACCUUUUCACCAAAAUUCAAAUUACCUCAGAUGCUGGAGAGUGAAAAAAAAACUAUUUUGCACCACAUUUUCUAUAGAGCCCUAAAAAUAAUGGAAACCAAUCUGUGUUUAUAAAGGUUAUGCCAUAAGGCAAAAACUAUUUUCUCCUAUAAAACCUUUUCACAAUAUUUCUAAAGCUUUUAGUCCAAUUUCUUUUAAUUAGAGGAGGUCAAGAUUAAAAUAUAAACUAUAUCAUUUCCAUGUUUUAUGGAUUUUCAGAGAGCAGCACACAACAAUGUAAGUGAUUUUGUCCUGGUUUCCAUUGCUAUUGUACAUUGUGUAAACUGGUGGUGACAACAAAUAUCUCUAUUAAAGUCUAUGGAGAUGUUUUAUGUUGCCACCAAUUUGCAACCAGUUUAUGUAUAUUUCACAAGUGAUUACUUGAAAUGCUCAUAAUAGAUACAAGAAGUUGAGGUAGGUAGAAGGACUGGAGAUUGGUUAAGAAAAUAAAUGCUUUUACGGAACAGAACACAAUGAGAUACUUUCAUGGGUCUGCAUUUAUGGAGCAUCAUUAUACUGUACUGUAGCAGAACAUAGUUUUGUAAACGCAUACUGUAAUAUCACCAUUGUGCUGUAUGCCCUUCAUUAGCGUUGAUUUCCAUUUAUGUUAAUUGUGAAAUUCACUUCUGUACACAUCUUCUCACUGUUCACUAAUAAAAAAGCACAUACUUUCGUCUCUACCUCCA